AUGAUCAGUUCCUGGGUUUUGACUUCUGGCAUUGAUUCCCGCGAUGACCUUGUUACUAUGGCUAAGCUUGCUGAGCAGGCGGAGCGUUAUGAUGAUAUGGCAGCUGCGAUGAAGCUUGUUACCGAGAAGGGCCUCGAACUUGGUAAUGAGGAACGGAAUUUGCUCUCAGUGGCCUACAAAAACGUCGUCGGAGCCCGCAGGUCGGCAUGGCGGAUAAUUUCCAAUAGUGAAACUAAGACUAGUAACAGUGAAAAACGUCAACUCCAUGCUAAAGAAUAUCGUGAGAAGAUCGAGAAGGAAUUGAAUGACAUUUGCAGAGAGGUCCUGAAGCAUCUUACUCCCAAAGCCUCAAACUCUGAAAGUCAAGUUUUCUACCUGAAAAUGGAGGGCGAUUACUAUAGAUAUUUGGCAGAAGUUGCGACAGGCGAGGCACGUGAUGAAGUUGUGGAGGCUUCUCUUAAUGCUUACAGAAAGGCCACCAGGGCUGCCGAAGACAAACUAUCAACAACACACCCUAUUCGUCUUGGUCUCGCUCUAAAUCAUUCCGUAUUUUAUUACGAGAUCAAGAACGAUCCUGAUCAGGCUUGCCUACUCGCCAAACGCUCAUUUGAUGAUGCCAUUGCUGAAAUCGAUAACCUUCAAGAGGAUUCGUACAAGGACAGCACCCUUAUAAUGCAGCUUUUAAGGGAUAAUCUUACGCUUCGAGUCAGCUCUGACGUCUCGCUCCCUUCCUACGAACCUAGUGUAAAUUAUCCUCUGCGCUCCGUGCGUCAUUCUUUUUUAUCCCUUUCGAGCGGUGUACAUUGUCAAGUCUCAUCCAAAAGAUCGCCACAUUGCCCACAUAAGUAUCAUUGUUCCAACGGCAAGGACGCAGAAAAUGACUUUGUCCUGGUGACUUCUCCUUUCUAUCAUUCGCAAUACCGCAUUCGAGACCCCGAGCGUGUUGACCAUAUUCAGGACUCUGGUUUUCGCUCCUUUCAGGAGCAUUCUAAAAAGGAAAAAGAAUGCUUUAUAUCUGGCUUCUGUGAAUGCUCGUAG